GACUAUUAGAGAGAUUGGAGUGUCUGCCACUGUUGUACAAUGCCCACUGUGUCACGAAUCAGUUUUUUGUUCACAUGAGGGCCCAUUGGGUGCUCUUUUCUUCUUAAUGAUCUGUUUGUUAAUCUUUCUGUUAAUAGUAUACUCUUCUAAAUAGUGUGGUUUCAAAAUGUUUUAUAUGUAUUAGUCAAAUGAUCACUUUCUUAUUUCAAUGAAUUUAAAUAUUCUUAGACAUUUAUUAUGCCUAGACAAUUUGAUAAACUAGUUUUUUUCCUUUGGUGGGGUGUUCAGGGAAUGAUGCUAGAGACUCUAAUUUGUUGAACCACAUCCCUGCCCCUUUUAAAAUAUUUUUUUACUUACUUUUUAUUAUUUUGAGACAGGGUCUCAUUAAGUCUGAGUUGCUGGGAUUAUAGCAUGUUCCUCCACACCAGGCAUGAACAAUGUUUUGGUUUCCUUAUUACUGGCAUUUUGCAAUUUUUUAACUCCAUGUGAGAGGUGGCAUCUAUGCCACUGAGAUCUUUCUAACAAAAUGUACCGCUUUCCCCAUAUUUUAUUGUGCUUUGACAUUCUCCAACAAAAACUUGAAUGCUCACCUAUUAGUUUAUUGAGUUAUACUUCAUGAGUCUUUUUUACUAUUUUAUUCUGGAGCUAAGGUACCAGCUUCCAGAGGUUGUCCCUUAGGGUAAUCCCAAAGGAUGUGCUGAAUUCCAUAAAUAAGGACUUGUCAAAAGAGUUUCCAAAUCUGAUCUAACAGACCUCUUCCCAAGAGAUUGGUCACCCAGAGUAUCUUUAGGGGCUGAUUAGGUAGGCAGCCUCUGACAAACAUGUGAGAAUAUUGCAAACAUUUAGAGGACCAACAGGACUUAAGCAGGCUGCAUUUUGUUGGGAUAAACUGUGAACCCCAAUUCCCUCCUUACAGUUAAGCUGGUGAGGUCCAUCCCAACAGUAGUUUCCAGAUACCAACAAGAUCUAAGUAUUCUAAGCAUAUUCUCAAGCAUUUCUAAGAAUAUACUGUCUUAGGACAGCUGCUGUUAUUGAGUGCAGUACAUAGUUGGAUUUGUUGUGAGAAGCACUAGAGACCAGUGUACAAAGAGAAUUGGCGUGACCCAGCACCAUGGCGAGUGUUCUGUUCUCCCUGUUACUCUACCAAGAGUCAGUGACCUUUGAGGAUGUGGCUGUGAACUUCACCCUGGAGGAGUGGGCUUUGCUGGAUCCUUCCCAGAAGAAGCUCUUCAGAGACGUGAUGCAGGAAACCAUCUGGAACCUGACCACUAUAGGAAAACAAUGGAAAAAUCAGGACAUCAUCAAUGAUCACUACAGUUCCAGAGGAUAUCUGAGAAUUCAAGAGGUAGAGAGACUGUGUGAACAGAAAGAAGAUAGUCAAUGUGGAGAAAUCAGCCAGAUCACAGAUCCUCUUAUAAACAAGACAAGUUCUUCUGGAGUAAAACCAAGUGAACACCGUGUGUAUGAAUUCCCCAUUGCUGAUUCAUCCCUAGCCAUGCCCCUUGCAGCUCACACUGGACACAAAGAACAUGAGAAUCCCCAACAUAUUCAGAAGCAUGAAAGAACUCACACAGCAGAGAAAUCCUAUGUGUGUAAACACUGUGGAAAAGCCUUUCGUUUUCUCAGAUCUCUUCAAACACACGAAAGAAAUCACACGAGAGAGAAACCCCAUGUGUGCAAGCAAUGUGGAAAAGCUUUUAGCUCUUCCAGUUACACUAAAAUCCAUGAACAAAUUCACAGUGGAGAAAAACCUUAUAAAUGCAAGCAUUGUGGGAAAGCCUUUUGUUUUCCCAGUUCCCUUCAAAUGCAUGAACAAAUUCACAGUGGGAAAAAACCCUAUGUGUGUAAGCAAUGUGGAAAAGACUUCAGUACUUCUAGAUACCUGAAAAUACAUGAAAAAAUUCACAGUGGGGGGAAACCCUUUGCAUGUAAGCAAUGUGGAAAAGCCUUUAGUUCUUCCUAUUACAUUAAAAUCCAUGAAAAAAUUCACAGUGAAGAGAAACCCUGUGUAUGUAAGCAAUGUGGAAAAGCCUUUAGUUCUUUCUAUUACAUUAAAAUCCAUGAACGAAUUCACAGUGGAGAGAAGCCACAUAUAUGUAAACAGUGUGGGAAAGCUUUUCAUUUACAGAGCUCUCUUCAAAGACAUGAAAUAACACACACUAGAAGGAAACCCUUUGUAUGUAAGCAAUGUGGGAAAAACUUUAUUUCGUCCAGUUCCAUUAGAAAACAUGAACGAAUUCACAGUGGAGAGAAACCCUAUACAUGUAAACAAUGUGGCAAAGCCUUUAUUUUUCUCAGUUCCCUUCAAAUGCAUGAACAAAUUCACAGUGGAAUAAAACCCCAUGUAUGUAAGCAAUGUGGAAAAGGCUUUAGUUCUUCUAGCCACAUGAAAACACAUGAAAGAAGUCAUACUGAAGAGAAACCUUAUACAUGUAAACAAUGUGGGAAAGCAUUUCAUUUCCCCAAAUCCCUUCAAAUACAUGAAAUAACUCACAGUGGAGAGAAACCCUAUGUGUGUAAGCAAUGUGGAAAAGGUUUUAGUUCUUCCAGCUCCAUUAGAAAACAUGAACAAAUUCACAGUGGAGAGAAACCCUGUGUAUGUAAGCUAUGUGGAAAGGCCUUUAGUUCUUCCUAUUACAUUAAAAUCCACGAACGAAUUCACAGUGGAGAGAAGCCUUAUAAAUGCAAACAAUGUGAGAAAGCCUUUCAUUUUCCCAAUUCCCUUCAAAUUCAUGAGCAAAUUCACAGUGGAAAGAAACCCUAUGUAUGUGAGCAAUGUGGAAAAACUUUUAGUUCUUCCAGCUCCAUCAGAAAACAUGAACGAGUUCACACUGGAGAGAAACCCUAUAUAUGUAAACAAUGUGGAAAAGGCUUUAGUACUUCUAGAUACUUGAAAACACAUGAACAAAUUCACAGUGGAGAGAAACCUUGUGUAUGUAAGCAAUGUGGAAAAGCCUUUAGUUCUUCCUAUUAUAUUAAGAUCCAUGAACGAAUUCACAGUGGAGAGAAACCUUAUAAAUGCAAACAAUGUGGGAAAGCCUUUAGUUCUUCCAGCUCCAUUAGAAAACAUGAACGGAUUCAGGAAGAGAAACCCUAUAUAUGUAAACAAUGUGGGAAAGCUUUCAGUUGUUCUAAUUCACUCAGAAGGCAUGAAGAAACUCAACACUCAAGAAAAACCCUAUGUAUGUAAACAAUGUGGAAAAGGCUUUAGUUCUUCUCUCCACAUCAGAACACAUGAAUGAAUUCACAGUGAACAGAAACCCUAUACAUGUAAACAGUGUGGGAACGUUUUCAUUCGUAUUCAGUCAGAAGACAUGAAUUAAUGCACAUUGGAGAAAACCAAUGCAAGCAAUAUGACAAAGCCUAUGGCGAUCCCAGUCCCCUCACACAACAUAAAAUAAUUCACAGUGACAUAAAAAUUUAUGUGAGCAGUGUGUGAAAUCCUUCAGCCAUUCCUCUACCCUUAAAAUACACGAAAAAAAUGCACGCUGAAGAGAAACCUGUGUGUGUGUAAAGAAAGCAGCAAAGUCUUCACUCCAUCACUCCAUCCAGUUACCUUCUCAAACAGUAAGGAAUUCACAAGAGAGAAACCCCAUGAGUGUGAGCAAUGUGAGAAGGCCUUUACUGUUGACAGUUCCCUCUGAUACCAUGAAAAAAUUCACAGUGGGGAGGAACCUUAAUGAUGUCAGCAAUGUGGAAAAGCCUUUUUCUCAGAUUCUUUCAACUACAAAAGAACACACUGGAGAGUAAUCCUGUAUACCGAAAAAUGGGAACACUUUUUGCCAUCUUGGUUCAGUACGCAGUGGAACCUGCAAUAGAAGGUGUGUGCAGUGAUCUCCAUUUGGUUCACAUGCAAGAAACUACAGUGGAUCAAAACCCUGUGAAUGUGAGAAAUUCUUAGAAGAGAGGUGUCACAUGUAACAUAGUUCCAAAGGCUUAUGAAAAUUCCUUCUGUAGCAGAAUCCUAUAAAUGCAAUUAAUAUGAAGAACUUGGUGCUAAAUAACUUCAUUAGCAGUCUCCAGAAAAUGUACUACCUAGAGAAUAUGUCCCAAAACUUAUAUUGUGUUUACCAGUAAUUCAUUCUUAAAGUAGGUCUCUGCACUGUGUUUCUGGUUUGUAUACUUGAAAAUAAAGAUAGAGGUGAAACACCUCUGAGUUUUGUUUAGACUAUA